AACUUCCUUCAGGACAGUCUCAUUCGGGUCAGCGCCCUUCAAAACCUGGAAACACCUGGUGCUCAGGAUCUGCUGGAGUUUACCAUCAGAGAUCUGCAGCGGUUGGGGGAGCUGCAGACGGAGUUGGCUGGAUCUGCAGAUUUCUGUGCCACAUACCUGCACUGCCAGCUGUUGCUUACCAAAGCACUUCAGGAGAAGUUAUGGACCAUGGCUGUGCCGCUUUGUCUUAAACAGAACGCCAAAGUUUCAACAGCCGCUCGACAGAUCCUGGAUGAGACCUAUAAGCUGGAGUUCUUGUACAGCGGUCUGGAGACGCAGCAGAUCGCCACUUUUCACAACGUCCGGCUGCAGGCGAAAGCGUUACAGCUCAUCCUGACGGCCCGAUCCAAACGAGGGGUUGACUGUGUUCUUGGUGUUUGUGAGAAGUUCCUGCAGGAUGUGGAGUCAUUUCAGAGACUCUUCAUGACCGAGUUGCCCCAUUUCCAGGACAGUUUUGUGGAGAAACUCCUGGAGUUGAUGCCCAGGCUGACGGCCUGCAAGCCUCUAGAUCUGGUUAAAAUCCUUCAGACCACACUGCGGCAAAGCAGAUUCAUCCAUCUCAAACUACCCGAGCAGAUCCACAGAGCGUCAGCGACAAUUAUUGAGCCGACAGGAGAAUCAGACAACCCUUUGAGAUUCACCUCUGGGCUGGUAGUGGCGUUAGACAUCGAUGCUACUCUUGAACACGUACGAGAUCCACAGACAACAGUCAAAGUGCAGGUGCUGUAUCCAGAUGGACAGUGUCACAUAAUCCACCCCAAACCUGGAGAUUUCAGGACCCCAGGACCUGGACGUGUGCGAAUGAUCACGCAGGUUUAUCUCUCUCACUCUGCCUGGACAGAGGCCUGUCAGAUUGAGGUGCGGUUGCUCCUGGCCUACAGCUCCAGCAGCAGUAAACCAUCUGCAUCUAAACCUGCGUGGAACGAGAGUAUGGACGGCCUGCCCACCAGCGAGAGCUGCAUCGAGGGCACAAUCCACCUCAGCAAACCUGUCAAAGUCUUCAUCAUGCCCAAACCAGCUCGCCGCUGACCCGAGGAAUCCAGGCAGUAUAUAUGUGAAAUUAACAGCCAACACAAAAUCAAGUGUUUUCACAAUUAUGUUUUAUCUGAAAUAAAUGUUUUUUUUUUUUUGUUG